AAUGGAGUAAAAGUGGUGGCGGUCCUGCAAUUCUCACUGGAGUGUGCAUUUCACUCACGUUCCCCACGCGUGCCAUUGCCAUUGCAGUGUGGACUUCCCAUGCUCAACUGUCUCUUGCAGCACACUCUCAGAAGCCUUUGUACAUGCUCAGAUUCUUCUUCCCCUUCCCCGAAAUGGGUUUACGCUGUUUUCUGGAGAAUCCUCCCCAGAAUUUACCCUCCUCCAAAGUGGGAUCAUGGAGGAAGCCUGCUUGAUCGCGCGAAAGGGAAUAAAAGGAAUUGGAUUCUUGUCUGGGAAGAUGGUUUCUGUGAUUUCUGUGAAUGUGAACGGGCCGGGAGUGGAUAUGUGAAGGGAAGGUUUGGUGCUGAUAUCUUUUUCAAAAUGUCUCAUGAAGUCUACAAUUUUGGUGAAGGAUUGGUAGGUAAAGUUGCAGCUGAUAACAGUCACAAAUGGGUGUUCAGAGACAGCCAAACUGAGACUGAUCCUUCCUUCAUCUCUUCCUGGAAUGUAUCACUUGAUCCUCAGCCAAGAGCAUGGGAGGUUCAGUUCAACUCAGGCAUUCAGACAAUUGCAAUCAUAUCUGUGAGGGAAGGCAUCAUUCAACUUGGCUCAUUUUCUAAGGUUGCAGAAGACCUUAAUCUGGUAAUAAACAUUCAGAGGAAAUUCAGUUAUCUGCAGAGCAUUCCAGGCAUCUAUGCAAUACAGAGGCCAUACUUGCCCCUCCAACAUCCAUACACAUACAAGCCAAACACCCCCUCUACAGCAGCCAUAGAAGCCUGCAAAUCUGGCUAUGAAACAGAAGACAAAAGAACAGCCCUGCUUAAUACCCCUUCAAAAAGAACAAAUCUUGAAGAACUAAACGAGUCUCCGGUUAAGUCAAUGAACUUAGGCUAUAACAGCCCACAAAAUAAUGCUCUUCCUUUCUGGUCCAUUCCCCCCCUUUUCCCCUCCAUGCCUUGCAGCCUUGGAGCCCUUUUAUCAAAGCCAUCAUCCUACACUGCCCUCCACGUCCUCGACACGAAUUUUACACCUCCAACCCGACCCAAUGGGUGCACGGAAUCAUCCUCAAGAGACAACCGAUUCCCUGACAUGAAGAUGGAGGCUAAAGACGAACACGACUCGUUACUUCUGAAUCGGAGUUUGGAGGGUGGAAGGCAAGAACACCACCCACCAAAUCCUCAAUAAUUAAUGUUAAUUAAUAUAACAUUAGACUUGUCUUCACUUGUUAGAUUGCAUGAUUUCCAAGUACGUAGCCUUUUGUUGCCUUGUUGGUUGGUGGCUUAACCUGUUAAUAAAGUACUGUAAUUUAAUUUGCUUACAUCCAUGAAAGCGACCCACAAUCUUUUAUAAUCUUAUUUCUUCAA